CGCUUUGACAUUAGGAGGAACAAAGCUAUUUAACAACCGGAACCUUCCUUUCGCGCACACUGAAAAACAACGCUAGAGAAGGAGAAAGAUAAACAAAUCGGUGAAAGUGAAAGAAAAAGAAAAAGGAAAAUAAAGCCGAUGAGUGGUAUAUUUUAUGUCGACGAUUUCUCCGACCUCUUAUGGCAACCUCCGGUUCAUGCGCUGGCGAUGAGUAGGAGUGCAUCGGAGUGGGAGCUGCUAGAAGAAUUCUUUGCCCAUGCUUCCGCAUCUGCUAGGGAAAACAAUUCUCCCUUCGUUGUUCAAUCACCGACUUCUCGGAAGCCUCUGAAUAGUGACGAUGGCGUGGUGGAGAUCGAAAAUCCUGAAAUUCCUGCUCCUACUCCUCUUCCUUUAGCUCCUCUCUCUCGGGAUCGUCCACCUCGGCCAUCGCAUCGCGCUAUAUUGUCUCAGGUUGAUGCGGAAGAUUACCCCGCUUUUCUUAAGUCCCAACUCGAUCUCACCUACGCGGCUGCGGCCAAGUCUCGGGAAUCGAGUGUAAAGCCUGAAGGCGCUUCUUCCUUACCUGAGGAUCAAAUCGUGGCUUCCAAGAAUUUUCAGUCAGGAUCACAUGUUUCUGGUAAUGGUGACUGUAUUUUAAAGGCACAGAGCGAGGCUGAUGGUGGAUCACUUUGCUUUCCAGCAUUACCUCCUACACAGAAAAAACAGGAUGUACCAGCAAGGCAAACAACCAGCCAAUCUUCAAGAGAAGAUUCAGAUGAUGAUGAUCUUGAUGGAGAUACAGAAACUAAUGAUCAUAUGGAUCCUGCCGAUGAAAAACGUGUAAGGAGGAUGCAGUCGAAUCGAGAGUCAGCCAGACGUUCAAGAAGAAGAAAACAGGCACAGCUGAGUGAACUUGAAGCAGAGGUUGGUCAACUAAGGGAUGAGUGCACAUCACUGCUGACGCGCUUAACAGACAUAAAUAAGAAGUGUGAUGAGGCAUCUGUUGAAAAUAGAAUUUUGAAUGCUAACAUUGAAACAUUAAGGACAAAGGUCAAAAUGGCUGAAGAUCAAGUUAAACGAGCUACAGGUUUGAACCCGAUGCUUUUUGCAAGAUCUAACAUACCUAGUGUGGGGAUGCAGCUUGCUGCUGGCCAAACGGAUGCAUCUGCAAGUGUGGAUGUACAGAUGCCACCAAACCACCGCCAUUUCUAUCACCAGUCAGUUCCUAAUAUCCCCUCAAGUACUCCAUCUCUCCAAGGACGAAACAAUAGCUACCCUAACAACAAUCUAAACUCUCAUGCUACAAAUCCGCAAGGUGAUAAUGGAACAAGUAAUAUUGGAGGAGUGCCCUUUAUACGGCCGUUAACAGUAAGUGGCCGACAUAUGUUGGAGACGCCUCCUUUGCAGCAUGUGCAAAAGCAGACUGGUCCUACGGUCAGCCAUGCUUAAGCUUUGGCCCAGAAUCAACAAAGGGCUUUCUCAGCCAAUUGCAGAGGAUAAUAAGAAAUGACUCGGAUACUUAUCCUAUUCACGGUGGUUGAAAUUGGGGCUCAUGAAAAGGUGAUUUCAUGGUUGAUUUGUUGGUUCGAAUAAUUAUAGGAUUUUCAACUUUCACUAGGCUUUCUUAUUCAUCUUACAAAUAAGUACUUUUCACUUGCUGGAUCUUCACAAA